AGAUACAAGGACCUGCAACUAACUACAUGGGUAGAGUUGAGUGAGAUUGCUAGUAUAUUCGUGAUUUCUCACUGGUUAUAAUUCAUAUAAAAAUGUUGAAUUGGCAGUGGGCACCAUGCAUCUUUGGGUGUCUAGCUGACUCGAUAACAAUAACAUCGUAACUCUAGCCAGGCAGCGUGAUUUUGGCCGGAACUCACAAAUGCUUCCGACACAGUUUCCUGUAUCACACUAGCUAGAACUUGUAAUUAUCUGAUUGGAUAAGUUAGCUAGAAAUCCGUUUUUCAUUUCGUGUUGGUGCAGCCAACUGCAGUAGCAGCAAUUGGUAUCAUUCCCUGUCUCUGUGUAGCUUGACUCAGAGGAGAAGAUGAGAGCAGAAGCGAUGUUCAUCCUUGUGCUACACACCAUCCUGUCUGCGCUGUUGGUCAGCGAUGUUAGUGCUACACUGUCCAGGACUGAUGCCAAGAAGAAGGACUCCAAAACACAAGAGCCAGAGGUGAGGAAGAGGAGGAUAGUGGUGAUUUUAUGAUGAGGAUGAGUGGUGGAAUCACUCUUUUCCAUCCUGGAACCAGUGUAUGUAAUGGCCUCAAUUAGCUACGCAUAUUAUGGACACUGGAGUUAAAUGUCCUUAGCUAGGGCUCAGCCCAUGUGUGUGGGGAAAGUGUGGACUUUGUAUUCCCCCUCUACCCAGUUCUGAUUUCAGUAAAUGACCAGUAUUGUAGAAGGGACAUAGACCACAAUGAAUGAAUGAUAUAAAUUGUCACUGUUUGUUCAGCUAGUCUCAUCCCAGUUCCCACUGUUGCUGUGUAUUCCUCCAAGACUACCAGGGUUGGGGGUCAAUUCAGGAAGGUGAUUUUGAAGUUAAAAAACUUUUAGAAAUACAUUUUCUGCCUUUUUCAGGUUAUUGAGGAAACCAUUGAAAAUAGAUGCCCUUUUUUCCAAUGAUUUUGAAUUGGAAUUUCAGUUUACUUCCUGAAUUGACAGCCUUCAAAUUCGAAUGGACCCCAACCCUGGAGACUACAGUUGGUCUGGUUUUUACAACUACACACGCAGAUCGUUUUAUCUUGUGUUUUGUGUAUUAUUGUUGUUAUAUCAGACGUCCCAGGCGGAGCAGUCGGUGCUGGAGCGAGGUCUUGUUGUUGCUGACCCUCAGUGGAAGGACAUCGUAAAGGAGGAGAGGAGAUACUGCCAACGGGCUGUGACUAAACACACGUUCCAAGGGCCCGUGCUGGGAUAUAUAACUCCUGUAAGUGCAGUGCUUGAUUUGGGCAUGAGCUCUCAUGGGAGCUGAGAUCCGGCAACACAAAAGUUAUACUGCUUGACUUCCUGCACCUCUUAUAAAAACGAUUGGCUUAAAAGUAUUGCAUAGUUCCUCGACCCUAAAUAUAAACAGUACCGACACCUAUUUUAGUCUAUUGUCAGGCGCUGUUUAAGUCCGUAAAAGCAGGUUGGUGUGUUGGUUUGUAGCCAGGUUUAACCAGACUGAACGCUGCGAUCACCUUUGAACAACAGUUAAACUUGGUCCUCUACAGAAAUGUUGUCAAUUUUUGCCUGCAGAUCAGCCUUUAAUCCAGAACCUGGUGUACUCCUUGUACUCCAUGUUUAGCAUGGCAAGGAGGAGCAUGAUAACUCAGUACAGACUGGUACCUAGCCUACCUGCAGGUACCAAUGUGUAUAUCUGGUUGAUUCUGAUCACCCUGCUUUUACUGUUUUAAUGUGUGUGUUUUAAUAGUGGAACUAUUAUGUUACUACUGUUGUGUAAAAGCUAUAUCUCAUCAAUAGGCUCCUUGAAUACUUUCUGAAUCAAUUCUUCAUAUAACCUCUCACUUUCUCUCUCUCACUUUCUCUCUCUCACUUUCUCUCUCUCACUUUCUCUCUCUUCGCUUUCUUUUCCCAUCCUCCAGUGGAACUCCCAUGGUUACGAUGUUGCCAAGGUGUUUGGUUCCAAGCUGACCUCUGUGUCUCCAGUGUGGCUUCAGCUGAGACGGAGAGGACCAGAGAGCUUCCAUAUCACCGGUCUUCAUGACCAUGACCCAGGUAAGGGGACCAGAGAGCUUCCAUAUCACCGGUCUACAUGACCAUGACCCAGGUAAGGGGACCAGAGAGCUUCCAUAUCACCGGUCUUCAUGACCAUGACCCAGGUAAGGGGACCAGAGAGCUUCCAUAUCACCGGUCUUCAUGACCAUGACCCAGGUCUGCCAUAGACUAGCAGGAGUAAUGUCAGCCAAACGUUGUGAAGUUGUCAGCCAGAGUUGUGAUGUUGUCAGACAAAAGUUGUGAUGCCUAAGAAAUAUGUACAUUUACUAAGGGAGUAGAUGUGAAAUAUAGAGAAAAUAUAGAAAGUUGUGUCUUUCAAAGAUAAAAACUCUCUCCUUCUUUUGUAGGUUGGGUAAAAGCUGUGCGGAAGGCAAACAAAAAAAUCAAAAUGCGUAAGUGUAUGUUAAACUCAGCUUUUUUUACUUUAAGUAUAUUCCCAGAUGACCUCACUACGGUAUCAUUCAGUCACCUGCAGCUCCAAUGAUCACUCUCCUUCUGGUCAAACUCUCCUUCUGGUCAAACUCUCCUUCUGGUCAAACUCUCCUUCUGGUCAAACUCUCCUUCUGGUCAAACUCUCCUUCUGGUCAAACUCUCCUGCUCUCUAGUCCUAAAAUAGGGCCCGGUGUUUGGUAAUCAUGUGACAUGUCUGGAUUUGAACGUUUAUUUCAAUAUUUUUCAUCAAACUGUCCCCUUGUCUUUUUAUGUCAGAUGGUCCAGCACUGUACUCAGACAACUGCUUUCAUUUUUGGUGUAAUUCUCAUUUCUGGACGAGGCUUAAAAUACGGGAUAGAAUCUUGCUGUAUUUCACAUGAUUCCCAAACACAUGGCACAUGAUCCUGUUCUUCUCUUCUCUUCCGCUCAGUUCCUCGCCUGUUAUUUGACGGCUGGUCGUACCAGGACUAUAUGAGUGUUCUUGGCAGUGAGGAUGAGAUCGAGGAGCUGGGGACUGAGAUGGUGGACGUAGCUAAGGUAAGGAGGGGCAUUUUUGCUUUAUUCAGACAUUUUGGGACACUGUAAAGUCCAUGGUGAAUAAGAGCACCUCCUCCCAGCUGCCCACUGCACUGAGGCUAGGAAACACUGUCACCACCGAUAAAUCUACAAUAAUCGAGAAUUUCAACAAGCAUUUUGCUACGGCUGGCCAUGCUUUCCACCUGGCUACCACUACCCCGGCCACCAGCUCUGCACCCUCCGCUGCAACUUGCCCAUGCCCCCCCCCCCGCUUCUCCUUCACACAAAUUCAGACAGCUGAUGUUCUGAAAGAGCUGAAAAAUCUGGACCCCUACAAAUCAGCUGGGCUAGACAAUCUGGACCCUUUCUUUCUAAAAUUAGCUGCCGAAAUUGUCGCAACCUCUCUUUCGUAACGUCUGAGAUCCCCAGAGAUUGGAAAGCUGCCGCGGUCAUCCCCCUCUUCAAAGGGGGUGACACUCUAGAUCCAAACUGUUACAGACCUGUAUCCAUCCUGUGCUGCCUUUCGAAAGUUUUUGAAAGCCAAGUUAACAAACAGAUCACCGACCAUUUCGAAUCCCACCGUACCUUCUCCGCUAUGCAAUCCGGUUUCCGAGCUGGUCAUGGGUGCACCUCAGCCACGCUCAAGGUCCUAAACGAUAUUAUAACCGCGAUUGAUAAUAGACAGUACUGUGCAGCCGUCUUCAUCGACCUGGCCAAGGCUUUCGACUCUGUCAACCACAGCAUUCUUAUUGACCUCCCGAGUGGCGCAGUGGUCUAAGGCAGUGCUAGCUGUGCCACUAGAGAUCCUGGUUCGAAUCCAGGCUCUGUCGUAGCCGGCCGCGACCGGGAGACCCAUGGGGCGGCGCACAAUUGGCCCAGCGUCGUCCAGGGUAGGGGAGGGAAUGGCCGGCAGGGAUGUGGGUUUGACUCCCACGGGGGGCCAGUAUGAAAAAAAUAUAUUUUAAAAAAAAAAUACAAAAAUAUAAAAAAUGAUGUAUGCACUCACUAACUGUAAGUCGCUCUGGAUAAGAGUAAAUGUAAAAUGUAAAUAUAAAUGUUAUUGGCAGACUAAAUAGCCUUGGUUUCUCAAAUGACUGCCUCACCUGGUUCACCAACUACUUCUCAGAUAGAGUUCAAUGUGUCAAAUCGGAGGGCCUGUUGUCUGGACCUCUGGCAGUCUCUGGGGGUGCCACAGGGUUCAAUUCUUGGGCCGACUCUAUUCUCUGUGUAUAUCAAUGAUGUCGCUCUUGCUGCUGGUGACUCUCAGAUCCACCUCUAUGCAGACGACACCAUUUUGUAUACAUCUGGCCCUUCAUUGGACACUGUGUUAACAAACCUCCAAACGAGCUUCAAUGCCAUACAACACUCCUUCAGUAGCCUCCAACUGCUCUUAAACACUAGUAAAACUAAAUGCAUACUCUUCAAUCAAACGCUGCUGGCACCCGCCCACCCGACUAGAAUCACUACUCUCGGCGGGUCUGACCUAGAGUAUGUGGACAACUACAAAUACCUAGGUGUCUGGUUAGACUGUAAACUCUCCUUCCAGACUCACAAUAAGCAUAUCCAAUCCAAAGUUCAAUCUAGAAUCGGCUUCCUAUUUCGCAACAAAGCCUCCUUCACUCAUGCUGCCAAACAUGCCCUCGUAAAACUGACUAUCCUACCGAUCCUUGACUUCGGCGAUGUCAUUUACAAAAUAGCCUCCAACACCCUACUCAGCAAAUUGUAUGUAGUCUAUCACAGUGCCAUCCGUUUUGUCACCAAAGCCCCAUACACUACCGACCACUGUGACCUGUACGCUCUUGUUGGCUGGUCCUCAAUACAUAUUUGUUGCCAAACCCACUGGCUCCAGGUCAUCUAUAAAUCACUGCUAGGCAAAUCUCCGCCUUAUCUUAGCUCAUUGGUCACCAUAGCAACACCCACCCGUAGUCUGCGCUCCAGCAGGUAUAUCUCACUGGUCAUUCCCAAAGCCAACACCUCCUUUGGCCGCCAUUCCUUCCAGUUCUCUGCUGCCAAUGACUGGAACGAGCUGAAAAAUCUCUAAAGCUGGAGACUCUUAUCUCCCUCACUAACUUUAAGCGUCAGUUGUCAGAGCACCUUACCGAUCACUGCACCUGUACACAGCCCAUCUGAAAUUAGCCCACCCAACUACCUCAUCCCCAUAUUGUUAUUUAUUUUGCUAAUUUGCACCCCAGUAUCUCUAUUUGCACAUCAUCUCUUGCACAUCUAUCAUUCCAGUGUUAAUACUAAUUGUAAUUAUUUUGCACUAUGGCCUAUUUAUUGCCUUACCUCCAUAACUUGCUACAUUUGCACACACUGUAUAUAUAUUUUCUGUGAUAUUUUUGACUUUAUGUUUUGUGUUACCCCAUAUGUAACUCUGUGUUGUUGUUUUUAUCGCACUGCUUUGCUUUAUCUUGGCCAGGUCGCAGUUGUAAAUGAGAACUUGUUCUCAACUGGCUUACCUGGGUAAAUAAAGGUGAAAUAAAAAAUUAAACAGAAAAGAAACAGCUUGGAGGGAGACAAAAUGGGAAAGGAGGAGACGGGGAUCAAACCCUGGUCUCUGGGGUACCAGGUCUGUCCAUGUGGGCUCCCGAGUGGCGCAGCGGUCUAAGGCACUGCAUCUCAGUGGUCUAAGGCACUGCAUCUCAGUGGUCUAAGGCACUGCAUCUCAGUGGUCUAAGGCACUGCAUCUCAGCGGUCUGAGGCACUGCAUCUCAGUGGUCUAAGGCACUGCAUCUCAGCGGUCUGAGGCACUGCAUCUCAGCGGUCUAAGGCACUGCAUCUCAGCGGUCUAAGGCACUGCAUCUCAGUGCUUGAGGCGUCACUACAGACCGAGUGGCGCAGCGGUCUAAGGCACUGCAUCUCAGUGCUUGAGGCGUCACUACAGACCCCCUGGUUCGAUUCCAGGCUGAAUCACAACCGGCCGUGAUUGGGAGUCCCAUAGGGCGGCGCACAAUUGGCCCAGCGUCGUCCGGGUUUGGCCGGUGUAGGCCGUCAUUGUAAAUAAGAAUUUGUUCUUAACUGACUUGCCUAGUUAAAUAAAGGUAAAAUAAAAAAAACAAUUAAAAAAAAACAUAAGGAGUUGAAUUCACGAUAUAAUACUAAUAGUAAUGCAGUAUAGUACAUUUAUAUAACAUCAGUUGGCAAGUGAGAUUGAAAACAAUUUACCAACCGCCAAAAAGCUGAAUGUGUUGUGUGUUUUUCUAACGGUAAAUAUGAUCAGUAGGAGGCCCCAAAGUGACUGUUUGUUGCAGACGUUGACUUCCGCUGUUUAUUUCAUAGGAGUGUAUCCUGAAUGACUAACAUGUCAAAUGUAAAUGCUAAUUGUGUUCUGCCUUUGCAGACAGAAGGCUUUGACGGCUAUACACUGGAGCUGUGGAGUCAGUUAGGAGGGAACAAGAGACAGUGAGUAACCCAGUACGACGUGAUACCAUUACCUGUCUUAGCCAUGUUAAGAACCCCUCUGAACCCGUCUUAGCCAUGUUAAGAACCCGUCUUAGCCAUGGUAAGAACCCCUCUGAACCCGUCUUAGCCAUGGUAAGAAUCCCUCUGAACCUGUCUUAGCCAUGGUAAGAACCCCUCUGAACCUGUCUUAGCCAUGGUAAGAAUCCCUCUGAACCUGUCUUAGCCAUGGUAAGAACCCCUCUGAACCUGUCUUAGCCAUGGUAAGAACCCCUCUGAACCUGUCUUAGCCAUGGUAAGAACCCCUCUGAACCUGUCUUAGCCAUGGUAAGAACCCCUCUGAACCUGUCUUAGCCAUGGUAACAACCCCUCUGAACCUGUCUUAGCCAUGGUAAGAACCCCUCUGAACCUGUCUUAGCCAUGGUAAGAACCCCUCUGAACCUGUCUUAGCCAUGGUAAGAACCCCUCUGAACCUGUCUUAGCCAUGGUAAGAAUCCCUCUGAACCUGUCUUAGCCAUGGUAACAACCCCUCUGAACCUGUCUUAGCCAUGGUAAGAACCCCUCUGAAGACACAUUUUGAACCGUAGUUUGUAUUUACUGUAAACACUAUUCCAUUCAGGGAGCUGGUCCACAUGGUGACACACAUCUGUGAGGCUCUUAAGGAGAAGAAACUGGACUGUGUACUGGUCAUUCCGCCAGCCGUCACACCAAGGUAGGUGAUACAGACGUCACAGAAAUAUCACAACAUGAUUGAUUUACUAUUUUAGCAGAUCAUUAAAACACAGCCCGGCUGAAUUUUGUAGAACAUUUUAGAGACCUUGGCGGUGUAGAUACAUGUAUUUUGUAUUUUUAAUACAAUUUCCUGCAAUUCUACAGAUGUCUCCAUGGAGCUGGGAGAAAACGUUGCAGAUUUAAAGCUAAUUUCCUGCAAUUCUAUGCAUUAUGCCAUGGCUAAAGCUGUGUUCUUUUCCUCAAACAUAAUACAAUCAAUACUGUUAAAUUCAUUGUUUUUGUCAUUUUCAAUUCUCCUUGAAUGUCUAGCUUUUAUUUGGGUGAUUGUUAGUUCUCAAAGAUUAUAUUAUUAAAAAAUCUAUAGGUCUGUUAAGGGAAAAAGGUGAGCAGUCAUUGAUAAAGUAAAUCAAAAAUCAAUCCGUUGCAACAGGGAGACAACCUCCAGCGUUGGAGCGUAGAAGAAUGUGUAACAGGCCUAGAGAAGGACUUUAGAACCACUAUCAGGAACAACUGUUCUGUCAACAAUGUCACUAAAUCCUGUAGGAACUCUAAGCAAGGCGUAGUGACCCUGGGCUAAUGGUACCGAAGAUGAAAUCAGCUGCUCCAGAAUCACACCAGUGAGAGAGGCUUGUAGGAAGAUGACAUUAGCUGCUCCAGAAUCACAGAGUCACAGAUCCAUUAUCAUUAUCAUUAUUAUCAUUAUCAUUAUCAUUAUCAUUAUUAUCAUUAUCAGUGUGUCCUUGAAUCCGGUCUGGCAUCAAACUUUAACCAGAACAUUUGAUAGUGGCAGUUUAACAGGUCAUCAACGGGUAUGACUUUAACUCAUCUUAAAUUCCCUGUUAUCUUUCCUACAUACUUUAUAUCUGGUUUUAGUAGUUUUUAAUUUACACUGAAUGUGUUUUUCCAUCCCGAAAAUACAUUGCAAUGUUUUGACUUAAGCAUCCCGGAAGAAUGCUUAGGCUGCCCGCCCAAGGAUUUCAAUGGCAGGAAAAUCCCUGCAAUACCAUUCGUACCAUGUCUUUGAUCUAACUGAUCCAUGUAAUAACGGCAGGGAGGAGGUUCAUCUUUCUGUUGUGAUCAGUUCAGGCCAGCCGGGGAUGUUCGGGAGAGAGGAGUUUGAGCAGUUAGCUCCCGUAGUGGACGGAUUCAGUCUAAUGACCUACGACUUCUCCUCUGGACGGUAAGAUUUCCUUCUCACUGAAACAAUCACAUCCUUUCAUUAAAAAUAUUAUAUUCGUAAAAUGACCAUCACUGAACAUUUGACAGAUGUUAUAGGCCACUCCUAUGUUGUUAGUAUAUCAGUAUGUCAGGUUCUCUGCUCCCUCCUAGACCGGGCCCCAGCUCCCCUCUACCCUGGGUCAGAGAAUGUGUUCUAGAGUUGUCCCCCAACACCCAAUGGAGGCACAAGAUACUGCUGGGACUGAACCUGUAUGGACAGGACUUCUCCACCCACGGAGCUGAACCACUGCUGGGGGGCAGGUAGGAUACUCCUAAUAAUACUUAAUACGGGUAGUCGUUCUCUAGUAGCAGUAAUCUAUACAGAAGACGGUACAGAAACUGCCAGGUUAUUUUAUGGGACAGAAAUGGCCUCUCUCUUUCUGUCACCUCCAGUCCCCCUUCACCUAUCUCUCUCUCUUUCUGUCACCUCCAGUCCCCCUUCACCUCUCUCUCUCUCUCUUUCUGUCACCUCCAGUCCCCCUUCACCUCUCUCUCUCUCUCUUUCUGUCACCUCCAGUCCCCCAUCUCUCUCUCUUUCUGUCACUUCCAGUCCACCUUUACCUCUCUCUCUCUCUCUCUCUCUUUCUGUCACCUCCAGUCCCCCUUCACCCCCCUCUCUCUCUCUCUUUCUGGUAUUUCCUGUAAAGGUUAAUUGAGCUAUUGAAGGAGCUGAAGCCUAGACUACGUAUUACCCAGCAAUAACACGAGUUACUCCAUAUAAUAUUCAACAGGCAAAUAGUUUAGAUUUAUACUCCUUUCCCAGACCUUAUCCCCCUUCCUUUCUUCUCUUCCCUGUAAAGGUUCAUUGAGCUCUUGAAGGAGCUGAAGCCCAGACUACUAUGGGAUGACCAGGCUGAGGAGCACUACUUCAGUUACAAGAGGUACAGUUAGUCUACUUCAGCUUCAUAUUAUGACAACUCAAAGAACCAUCAUUCCCAGAUUAUAUGAAGUGCAGUUUCCAUUCAGGUCUCCUUUUAUUUACAGUUUUUGUGAAGAAAUGGGGCUUGUCUUGUCUGAUAUCUUGCCAGUAUCAUCACACCACAAUAACUCACUUGAUUUUAUGUUCCACAUUCUAGGAGCAAUGGAGUCAAGCAUGUGGUCUAUUACCCAACACUGAAGGUAUGACCUUUUGACCUCCAUUUGAUGUACAGAAUACAUCAGACACCAUAUACAUCUGCAGAUGAUUCUCAAAAUAACCAAAUAAAUACACACGUAUAGAGUAUCAUGGCACACCAGGUUUAAGUUAAGUUGAUUAAUGAUCAAACAUUUUCCAGAAACACAGAUCCUUAUCAUGUAUUGCCCUCUUCUCCAGAAACACAGAUCCUUAUCAUGUAUUGCCCUCUUCUCCAGAAACACAGAUCCUUAUCACGUAUUGCCCUCUUCUCCAGAAACACAGAUCCUUAUCACGUAUUGCCUUCUUCUCCAGAAACACAGAUCCUUAUCAUGUAUUGCCCGCUUCUCCAGAAACACAGAUCCUUAUCACGUAUUGCCUUCUUCUCCAGAAACACAGAUCCUUAUCACGUAUUGCCUUCUUCUCCAGAAACACAGAUCCUUAUCACGUAUUGCCUUCUUCUCCAGAAACACAGAUCCUUAUCAUGUAUUGCCUUCUUCUCUGCAUCUCUCCCUCUCUUCUCUAGUCUCUCCAUCAACGAAUCUCCUUAGCCACUGAGUUAGGUACAGGAAUCUCCAUGUGGGAACUGGGUCAGGGAUUGGACUAUUUCUACGAUCUUCUAUGAGAAAGACACUCAAGCUCCUUUCUUUAGCAAAUUAAUCAACCGCUAAAAUAUCUGCAAAUGUACAGUCCAUGGUAAUAUUUGCUGAGCACCAACUAGCAUGAGGAUUACACUGUUAUUUCUUUGACUACCUGGAAUGAACGACGUCUCUUAUCUCAUGAAGACCAGGGUGAUCAUCGGUUGAUUGUAGGAGACGGAGGCCAAGUUGUGUAUACAGAGUAAAUGUGACUGAACUAAGGAACUUGAAGCUGCCAACUUGGCAAGAGUUAGUUAAUCAUCCAUCAAAGCAGCUUUCAACUGGGGCUUAUAACAGGGUUAUUAUGGGAUGUGGCACACAGAAGGUGUUCAUGUUUUUAAAUGGAAAUACUGAUAUGAAAUGGUAAGAUAGAAUAAUACAUAAUAUCAUUUUUAAGGUCUGGUUUCCCGGACAGAGAUGAAGCCUAGUCCUGAAUCUCAAUUGAAAAUAGAUUUUUAGUCCAGGACCAGGCAUGUUUGUCAGGGUGACCGUUAUAAAUCAGACAUUAGUCUGCUGCCCACUGCAGGAAUGUGUUAUGUUUCUUUAGAAGACAUUUGACAUGAAAUAAAAAAGGUACAUUGUUCAGUGUUGUUUUUUUAAUAUAAAAAUGUAAUCGACAAUAGAAAUUGAAGUCCUACAUAGAUACAGUGCUACUUUUUCUAAUACCUUCACUGGUUGCUGCUUGAUUAGGUUUGACAUGUGGUAGCCGAUCUAGAAGUACUAGAAACAGCUACUGUACUGCAGGGCUGGGGUCAAUUCCAUUU